AUGCCGAGACAUGCGAGGAAUAGUACUGCUGGGUCUGUUUACACAUACCAUGAAAAAUUGAAAGAUUCAUAUCAGAGUGGCUACGGAUCAACCAAAGUUAGAUUAGGGAAAGAUUCCAUCAAGGAUUUUGACUGCUGUAAUCUGACGUUGCAACCUUGCUUUUAUCCAGUCAUCACUCCAGAGGGUUAUCUGUAUGACAAAGAAGCCAUCUUGAAUAAUAUUUUGGCUCAAAAGGUUUCUAUUGCUAAAAAGUUGAAAGAGUACGAAAAGCAGAAGCAACAGAAACUGGAUGAAGAAAAUAAUAAAGACAAGGAGAAAAAGGAGCAGCUAAUAAAGAAGUUCUUUGAAAAGAGUUCAACUUCGUUUGAAAAGCAAACCUCAAGUGAAUCAAGCAUAUCCAACAUGAUGAAUGGAAAGGAUAAACAGCUGCCAAGCUUCUGGUUGCCAUCACUUACACCUGACCAAAAACCCACAGAUUUGAAAAAACCAGAUGAAGUGGUGAGGUGUCCGAUGAGUGGCCAGCCAUUGAAGAUGAAGGACCUAAUAGAAAUUCACUUCACGCCAAUCAAUGAUGGCGAUAAGAGAAAUAUCAUAGCCAAAGAGUUGCGAUAUGUUUGUCCAGUUACCAACGACAUCCUCGGAAAUUCAGUCCCAUGUGCAGUCCUUCGAACAUCAGGCUCAGUGGUGACGAUGGAAUGCGUGGAGAAAAUAAUUAGAAAAGACAUGAUUGAUCCUAUAAACGGUAAAAAGAUGAAGGAGAAGGACAUCAUUCCUCUGCAUAGGGGUGCAACUGGAUUCUCUGGUACCGGUGUAAACCUUAAAGCUGAGAAGGAAGGAGCCGUCAUGACCGCCUGA